AUUUUAUUCUGUCAUUUAUGUGACAGUUCAGGCACUUCUAUAAAAUAAUAAAUAAGACACAAAUUAAGAUAAAAGUUCUCAAAUAAUUCAGUAACAAAGAGUUCCACUUUCAAACUGCAUGCUUUGGUUCAAAAUUGUAUGUCCUUGUAACACUGCUCGUUAGUUGUUAUUAAAGUCCAGGACAAAAAUUGCCCACAACCAGCAUGAAUCGACAGACCACAAAUUAUGGGUCCAUCAGAGAUCCAGAGGUAGGAUUUAGCGGAAGCACAAAUAACGAUGUUUCCAGAGAAUUCAACGAUUUAUUUGAUAACAUUGCUACGAAUCUCUAUACAAUCAACUCCAGUAUUAGAACUCUACUUGAUUCCAUUAAGUUGAUUGGCACAGCAAAGGACAAUGCAGGCCUACGAAAUAAACUGCAUGUAACGCAGAUGAGCACAAAUCAAGUAGUGGCAGCGACCUCAAGAGAUAUCGUCAAAUUGAGUAAAAAAUUACCCAGAAGUGACAAAUCUAGAGUAUUACAACUGGACAAAUUGGAAAGUGACUUUAAGUCCACAAUAAAUAAAUAUCACAUUUUACAAAAAGAAGUAGCAGAUAAGCAAAAGAGCAAUUUGCUUCUCUUAGCCACUGUAGAGCAUACACCACCAGAUGAAGUGGAAGACGAAUCGGAACAGAAACAGAUACAACGUACCAGGGAAACGAAACAUGAACAAGAUAUGCUGUUGGAACGGGCAGAAAGAGUCAAAAGGAUUGAAGAUGAUAUUCUGGAUAUAAAUGAAAUUAUGAGGGAACUGGCGUUCCAUGUGGAACAACAGGCUGAUACUAUUGAGACAAUUGAAAACAGUAUUGAUCACGCAGUAGGAAACGUUACUGAAGGGGCCGAGCAAGUGCGCAAGGCUUCACAGUAUCAAACUAGAUAUAGGAAGAAACUAAUAAUUUUUGUGAUAAUUGCGGUGCUCAUAGCGAUUAUAUUAAUUGCUAUUCUGGCGACAACGCUGAAAAAAUGAUUUAAAAAAAUGUAUUUUUACUUUGUAUACCAUUAUAGUUCGAUUUUUAAUAUUGCAAGAUUCAAGUACAUAUAUAUGAUAUAUUAAGUUUUAUAUUUUGCAAAUACAUUACUGAUUUUUAAUUAAGAUUAUGUCCUUGUUAGAUGCAUGUUCGAUCUUAGCUUAAAUCAUAUAGAUAGAUGAUGUAUUAUCAGGAAUGUUGCAAACAAAAUUUAGGUUGAUUAAUUAUAUAUUUUUUGACUGCUUA